UGUACCUUUCGCCUUUUCACAACAAGCUAGUGUUAAAAACUUCAUUUUACUGUGAACUAUGGACGGUAGAAACAAACUGGUGGCCGAGGAAGAUACAACGAAGAAGCUUUAUUGGAAAUUUCGGCGGAAUCUAAUUCUUCCAAGAUGGCGGCGGACGUUCCGCCGUCCCAUUCAUCAGUUAACAGUGAGGCAGCUCCUGCCUCUGUAACGCCAGAACAAGUCUCCUUGCUGACUUCAGCAAUUCAGAGAUUGUCUGAGAAGUUGGAGGACAGCCCCAUGGGCAAAACCUCCAAGGGAAAAGCCUCUGCUGACAAGCGGAUUGGCGAAAAGAGCGAGUGCUCGAUUCCCGCCAAAAAGCCAUGCGGUCCUGACAACCACUCCAUGAGUGAGGACUCGGCUGACUGUGAAGCUCUUCUGGACAAAAUUAUGAGCUCAAAACCAUCCACCUCAGCUGAUAGUAGAGGUCAGCAAGAUCAAAACAGUAAUGAUAAUGCAUAUUUACGCGAGUUAACCAAAGAAUAUGGGUCGGAAGACUUGACAGGCUCUCCUCUAAAGAGUGAACCAUUUGUUAAGCUCCUCAACAAAAUGUUUAGGAGUAAAGUCGGAGAAAAGGCACUGAAAGAGAAAAUGGAGCGUCAAGUGCGCCCAGAAAAUUGUGCCAAUGCCAUUUGGAGAAAAUUACAAGAGCACACAAAGAAACGUGACAUGCACAUGGUGAAAAUGCAACAAGCUCUUGUAAAGGGAAUCAUCCCAGUUGCCCAUGUGGCUGACAAAGCUAUGGUGUCCAAGUCUUUAAAUUUGGACGAAAUACAGCAAAUUAAGAAAAGUUGCCUGGAAGCAUUGUCCCUAUUAACUCAUGUUAAUUAUGAGAUUAACAUCCAGCGAAGGUUUCUCAUGAAACCAGACAUUGGAUCUGAGUAUGCUUCCCUUUGCUCACCUCUGGUGCCAUUCACCGAUAACCUGUUUGGUGACGACCUCAAAAAACACCUGAAGGACAUUGGAGACGAAAAUAAAAUUGGAGCCAAAAUUAACAAAGGAACAAAGGGCAACCCACAUGCUUCCCGACCUGGUUUUGGCAGAGGGUUCUACAACCAGAACAGGCCAAAAAACCAUAGCAGCCGGGGUGCUCCCUACCCCGGCAGGAAUUACCAUCACAAGGGGAGCCGGCAGCAGAGAGGGCCAAAGGCCUCCAGAGUAAUACAAAUGUAAGUAACCAUGCCAUGAGCUUUAGAGCUGGCAAUAUAGCAAACUUCUUUGAUGCAUGGAGGGAACUCACCUCUGAUGCAACAAUUCUUGACAUGGUUAAGGGCUGCCAUAUUGAGUUUGGCACAGAACCUGUUCAACAUAAUUUACCCAAUUCCUUUGCAAACCAGUCACAACUGGAAAAGGACAUUAUUGAAACAGAAAUAUCCAAACUUAUCCAGAAAGGAGUUAUCCAAAAGGCAACCCCUUGCAAAGAGCAGUUUAUAUCGUCUGUGUUUACACGGCCAAAAAAGGAUGGUUCGUUUAGAAUGAUCCUAAACCUAAACCAGUUUAAUGCUUUUAUCACAUACCAUCACUUCAAAAUGGAAUCACUGCAGUCUGCUUUAACUUUAGUAAAGCCAGGCUCAUUCAUGGCAGUCCUUGACCUUAAGGAUGCGUAUUAUUCUGUGAGCAUUGCUGAGGAACAUAGAUGUUACCUUAGAUAUGUCUUCAUGGAACAACUCUAUGAGUAUGUCAGUCUCCCAAAUGGACUGGCCUCGGCACCCAGAAUGUUUACCAAACUCAUGAGACCUGUCUAUAGCAGCCUCAGAGCAGACAUUUGUUUUGUUGGAUAUAUAGAUGACAUCAUCAUUUUGGCUGACUCCCCAGAAGAGCUACGGACAGCUCUUAAAGAGACCAGGGAUUUACUGACAUCAUUGGGGUUCUUCAUCCAUGAAAGCAAAUCUUCCGUUACACCCUCUGAAGAGGUUAAAUUUUUGGGAACAGUUGCUUCAGUAAUAGGGCUCAAGGUGUCUAGCUUCCCAGGUGUACGUUACGGUCCAUUGUUUUACAGUCAACUUGAGAAUGAGAAAACGGUAGAACUAAAACACAAUGGAUAUAACCUGGAUGCCAAAAUGGAGCUAUCUACAUUAGCUAAGGAGGAUUUAAAGUGGUGGAUAGAAAAUGUGGAACUUUCUCCAGUACCUAUCCUUGUCCCUCCGGCAAAUGUUAUACUUAAAUGUGAUAGCUCCCUUUUAGGCUGGGGCAGUGUUAUUGAUGGCUCUAAUAAUGUUACUGGAGGCAGGUGGAGCCCUGAUGAAGCCCUCUUUCAUAUUAAUUUUCUGGAACUGAAGGCCAUAAAACUAGGAUUACAGUCAUUAUGUAGCCAUAUGUGCAACACUCAUAUUAAAGUGCUGUUUGACAACCAAACAGCAGUUGCCUAUAUUAGGGCAAUGGGGGGAACCCACUCCGAUCUAUGCAAUCAAAUGACCAGAGAAAUCCUACUCUGGUGUAAGCAGAGAAAUUUAUGGCUAACAAGCUCCCAUUUGCCAGGGCAUUUAAAUGUGACUGCAGAUAAAGCCAGUAGAGAAUUUAAAGACAACACUGAGUGGUCCUUGGAUAUAUCAGCUUUUAACAUGCUUGUCGCACAAUGGGGUCAGCCAUGUGUGGACAUUUUUUCCUCAAGGCUGAAUAACAAAGUACAAAAAUAUGUAUCUUGGAAGCCUGACCCUACAGCAUUUGCCAUUGAUGCAUUCACAAUAGAUUGGGCUCAAUAUGACCUCAUUUAUUGUUUUCCUCCAUUUAACUUGAUUGGGAAAGUUCUCCAAAAGAUUCAAGCUUGUCGGUGCACCGCACUUCUUGUCGCCCCACUGUGGAAGACACAGCUCUGGUACCCGAAGCUGUUAAAGAUGCUAAUGAAGUCUCCUAUUCCAAUACCAAUGACACGCAAAACACUGGCGCUACCACGACGACCCUCUACAAGUUCACCCUAUGUAUCCCAACCUAAAACUGAUUGGCUGUCUAGUGUCAGCGAAAUGCUAAGGGGAAAAGGAAUCGACGGUGAACCAUUGGAAAUAAUUCUUGGCUCCUGGAGAGACGGAACAAAAAAAGCAAUAUACAACUUACAUUAAACAAUGGGUUGAGUAUUGUCAAGUGAACAGUGUGUGUACAGCUGCACCAUCCUUGGGUCAAGUACUACAGUUCCUGUCAGGCCUGUCGUCCAGAAUGGGUUACAGAGCGGUGGCAACUGCAAGGUCUGCACUUUCUUUAUUUAUACAGCUUGAUGGUGUGAAGUUGGAGGAUCACCCUCUCGUAGCGAGGUUUAUGACAGGCUUGUUUAACAAGAAGCCUGCAUUACCAAGAUAUGUGGAAACAUGGAACCCACAAAUUGUUGUUGGGCUUACCCUACUACCAGUGAACUCUCCCUCAAACAACUCACCUUGAAGCUAACAGCUUUAAUGGCUUUGAUUACUGCUCAGAGAACACAAACACUUCAAGCUUUAUCAUUAGAUGGGAUGACUGCCUCUAGGAGUCAGUAUACCUUUCGGGUCCUAACCCCAUUCAAACAGACAACACGAUAUGGGGGAAAAGCAAGCACUUAGCUCCUAUUGUGUUGAAGCAAUAUGACACUGAUGUUAGAUUGUGUGUUGUUACAUUGUUAAAUGCAUAUUUGUCCAGAACUUCUAGUAUUCGGACAUCUCAGCAGUUGUUGUUAUGCUACACUAAGCCUUAUGGGCUGCGUCACGAGAAACAAUAUCCAGAUGGAUAAAGCAGGUUAUGAAAGGUGCAGGGAUUGACACAGAGAUAUUCAAGUCCUAUAGCACCCGCAGCGCUGCUACAUCCGCAGCUAAGGCAGCUGAUGUUCCAUUAGAUGAUAUUUUGGCAGUUGCCCGUUGGAGAUCAGACAGUGUUUUUGCUAGGUUUUAUGAUAAGCCUGUUCAACAAGAGAAAUCUGCUAGUGUAUUUGCUCAAUCUGUUCUUCAAGUCAGUUAAGCACCAUGACCCAGUUGGUCUUGUGCUAUAUAUAUUUCAAGCGAUAUUGAUAUUAAUAAAGUGAUUUACCAGCUUA